CAAGGAGUGGACUUUUGUCAUUGAAAAUGAGUCUCCGUCGGGGCGUAGGAAGGCUCUGGCCACCAGCAGCAUCAACAUGAAGCAGUAUGCCAGUCCCAUGCCCACGCAGACCGACGUCAAGCUCAAGUUCAAGCCCCUGUCCAAGAAGGUGGUGGCCGCCACCCUGCAGUUCUCCCUCUCCUGCAUCUUCCUCAGGGAGGGCAAGGCCACUGACGAGGACAUGCAGAGCCUGGCCAGCCUGAUGAGCAUGAAGCAGGCCGACAUCGGCAACCUGGAUGACUUUGAGGAGGAGAACGAGGAGGACGAGGAGAAUCGGGUCAACCAGGAGGAGAAAGCAGCCAAGAUCACUGAGAUAGUAAACCAGUUGAAUGCCCUCAGCUGCUUAGAUGGGGAGUUCGACGACUACCCAAAGCAAGCAAAUAAGCCAUCGGCUAAAUCAGCCAGUUCCUCCGAAGAGCUGAUUAGCAAGCUGAACUUCAUGGAAGAGGAGGACCAGGAUCCCUCCAACAUGAGCACCAACCCCUUCGACGAUCCGGAAGAUCCUAACGACUUCAACCCCUUUGGGGACCCCGACGAGGAAGCUUUCCCCCCAUCAGAACCACCUCCGCGGCCCACCUUCAGAUCCAGCCCGAAGGUGGAGGACUCCUAUGACGAGGACCACAGCAACCCGUUCGACGAGCCUGACCCUGACCCUGACCCUGACCCUGAGCCGGAGCUCCAGGGAGGGGGGAACCCGUUUGAGGAAGGCGACCCAGAACCGGAGCAGCAACCGCAGCCACAGCACUCACCGCCCCGACCCAGCAAGCGGAAGAACGUCCGGCCCGUGGACAUGAGCAAGUACCUCUACGCAGACACCUCCAAGGCCGACGAUGAGGAGCUGGAUGAGUCCAAUCCCUUCUAUGAGCCCAAGACCUCCAGCCCUGCCCAGUCCUCGCCUCCUUCCCCGGGCCGGACCAAGCGGCGGGCCCCCGCGCCCCCCAGUGUGGCCCCUCAGGCCCCAGCGCCAAAGACGGUCCCUCCGGAGAGGGCGACCAGCGGCCCUGCGCCCCCCUUUGCUGCCGUGGUGGGGAGGGAGCUGGCCUCCUCCUCCUCCCCCAAGCCGAGCCCCAUCCCCAGCCCAGUGUUGGGAGGGAAGCCCAACGCCAGUCAGUCUCUGUUGGCCUGGUGUCGCGAGGUGACCAAGAACUACCGCGGCGUCAAGAUCACCAACUUCACCACGUCCUGGAGGAACGGCCUGGCCUUCUGCGCCCUGCUCCACCACUUCAGGCCAGCCUCUCUAGACUACAAGUCGCUCAAUCCUCAGGACAUUAAAGAAAACAACAAGAAGGCCUACGAUGGCUUUGCCAGCCUGGGCAUCUCGCGGCUGCUGGAGCCCUCGGACAUGGUGCUGCUGGCCAUCCCGGACAAGCUGACGGUGAUGACCUACCUGUACCAGAUCCGAGCCCACUUCAGCGGCGAGGAGCUCAACGUGGUGCAGAUCGAGGCCAACAGCAGCCGCAGCACCUACAAGGUGGGCGACUUCGAGACCGACACCAACAGCUCCAUCGACCAGGAGAAGUUCUACGCCGAGCUGCACGGGGUGACCCACGACGAUCAGCAGCCCACCGCCGAGACCAACGGGGCGGGCAAGGGGCAUGGGGAGGAGGCAGAGGCGAUGGAGGAGGAGGAGGUGUCUGCGACCUCCGCCGUGCCAGCCAGGGUGCUCUCCAGCAACCCGGCCUCCUCCUUGGCCAUGCCCGCCGCUGCCGAGCGUCCGGUGUCCCCUCCGGUGCCCUCGGCCCGUACGGCCGACAUGCACCCCAGACCCACCCCGAGGACGGCGGCCGUCUCCGGCGCAGACGCUAGCGGCGCCAGCCGACCCUCGCCAGAGCCGCGGCAGCAGCUGCUGAAGGCCGACACGCUGGACAUGGGCGACCUGCCCCAGAGGGUGGAGAGGCGGCAGCACGAGGCCAGCGACGGCGGCCCCUCAGACAGGGACGCAGACAAGGGGCCGCCGCAGUGGCCCGCCGAGCCCAACAGAGGGGCCCCUGAGCAGAGCUCCCCGAGACACCAGCUGGGGCCCUCACAGCCCCACAAGCUGGGCUUCACCUACAACCGCGACGCCGACCUCAUCAAGAAGAAGAGGGCCAGUCUGAGGCACUCGGAGUCGGACACCACGUCGGAGAGCAGCGCGCCGUCCCCCCAGAACCACACCGACACCCCCGCCGCCAGGCCAACACUCACACAGGAGGCUGCACCUGUCCCAUCCCCCAGCCCCCCUGAGGAGAAGAAGGUGCUGUCUCGGCAGGAGGAGCUGAAAGAGAGGGCCAGGCUGCUGUUGGAGCAGGCCCGACGAGAUGCUGCCAUGAAGGCCUGCAGCAAGCACACCGCCCAGACCACUCCUGCACGGACGCCGCAGAUCACAGACGAGCGGGAUGAGGAGCGGCGGCGGCAGCUGCGGGAGCGCGCCAGGCAGCUGAUAGCAGAGGCGCGCUCGGGCGUGAAGAUGGCCGAGCUGCCCAUCUACGGAGCAGACACGGCAGCAGCAUCAGCGGCCGGCAAGUUGAAAGGAAGGUCAAAGGCAGCUGGAGGUGUGCUGAACAGCCGGCACGUGGACCUGAAGCUGAAGAAACUGGUGGAUAUGCGGCCGCAGGGAGGCAGCUCUCCUUCGUCAUCAUCCUCCUCUUCCUCGCUCACGGCCUCCACCACUUCCCCCAUCAGCCCCACAGAGAGCCUGGAGCAGGAGCAGAGCAAUGCGGAGGAUCUGCGAGCGGAACGCCUGCGCAGAGCGUCGGAGCGUCUGCGCAGCCCGGUGGUCUUCAACAAGGAGUCGGCCGUCAGGAAGACGCAGCUCAAGUCCUUCAGCCAAUACGUGGAGACCAGACCAGAGGUAAAGCGACAGCGAUCGGUGCCGGAGGACUUGAGGAGGCCGAACGAGGAGCGCGUGGCGCUGCCCGAGACGGAAGGGCGCCGGCCGUAUGAAGAUGAAAAAGCGUUCAAAGACACCAGUCAGUAUGUUGUGGGAGAGCUGGCAGCGUUGGAGAGCGAGCAGAAGCAAAUUGACACCCGGGCGUCGUGUGUGGAGAAGAGGCUGCGCUAUCUCAUGGACACAGGGAAUAACAAGGAGGAGGAGGAGGAGGCCAUGAUGCAGGAGUGGUUCAUGCUGGUGAACAAGAAGAACGCGCUGAUCAGGAGGCAGAAUCAGCUCUCUCUGCUGGAAAAAGAACACGAUCUUGAGAGACGCUUUGAGCUGCUGAACCGGGAGUUAAGAGCAAUGCUGGCGAUUGAAGACUGGCAGAAGACAGAGGCCCAAAAGAGGCGCGAGCAGCUGCUCCUGGACGAACUGGUCAUACUGGUCAACAAGAGGGACGCCCUGGUGCGAGACCUGGACGCCCAGGAGAAACAAGCCGAGGAAGAGGACGAGCACCUGGAGAGAACUCUGGAGCAAAACAAAGGCAAGAUGGCCAAGAAAGAAGAGAAGUGUGUCCUUCAAUGAUUGUCAUCUUUUCCUGUUUUUUUUUUGUAUUAUUAUUAUUAUUAUUUAGUUUUGUUGUUUUUCCAAAGUGGAGAAAAACAACAAAAUGCCUGUUUUUUUUUAGUACAUGCAAAGAGAUUCAUCAUCACUAGAGAUUUUGAAAUACCCCCCCAGUUUCAUUUCAUUUUAUGACAUGUGACCCUUUUGAAAAAAAAAGAUCCAGUCGUUUAUCUCCGGGGCUGAGCAGACUGACUGCUGAGGGUUUCAUGUGUCUGACCUCUCAGGCUUUGUACUGAGUUUAUACUGAGAACAUUUCCUCCACUUAUAAAAAAAAAAUAUAUGAAAUUAUUUUCUCUUUUUUUGUUUGCUUUGUCAAACAAGGUACUUGUAUGUAAUAUAUAAUAUACACACACAGCCCCAGUGCAAAACCUGUCUUGAAUCAAAAAUACUGUGUACUGAUUCUUAGAGAAGAGGGGGGGGGGAAAGUGUUAAGCAGCUUUUGAAUUUGAAUCAGAAUGGUUUCUACAGACACACAUGGCCUUGUCAGUCUGAAUGUGUUUAAUCCUGACAGUGGAACUUGUUUUUAAAAAAAAAUAUGUAGGUACAGCACAAGUUGUUUUAUCUGGAGACUUUUAUUACCAUCAUUUUAUGGGACUACAUUUCAAAAGGAAAUUAUAUCAUUUCAAACUGACAAAAUGAGAUGAACACAAUAAUACUGUCCUCAUUCGUUUGCAAGCAAUGUUUGUUACUUGAUCAUCUUUUAAAAGUACUCUAGAUUUUAGGGUUUUACAAAUGAAACGUUUCAAAAAAGGGCCCUGUGGUGCAUUUCAGAGAGCAGAUAUUACUCUGUGGCUUUUGUGACUUUUAUUUUGUGCUUGAACACAGUUUACCAAAAUGGUCAGUGGUGGAGAGCCACAAUGCAUGGACUGUAGACCAGGGAGCGGACUAUCUUGUUGUAUAUUUUUCAUCACUAGUCUGAGGGAUAGCUUGCAGCAGGAGAAAAAAAAAAGACUUUAAUUUCCACAUUGAGCAGAGAGCAGAGUAAUUAUUUAUUGCUAGACUAACACCAUGUGCAUUUGCUCAAGGAGGUUGUUUAUAUUUAUUGUAAACUUUAAAAAGAGAAUUAUGCGUUCAUUUGCAAACCUCACCGUUUUUUUUCACAUCUGUUGCAGCUGUGUUAUUGUGCAAGCAUUUACCUGUUUAUUUAUUCCAAUGUCAUACAAUACCAGCCAUCAAUAAAAAUCCCAAUGCUUUCAUACUCAAA